GACAUUCUAACCUUAGAACGAGAAAAUGUUGAAACUAUUGCAAUUGCUCGUAGUUUGUCUGUUAAUUAUAUCAGUAUUAUCGGCAAAGAAAAAACCAGCUGCUAGGAGAAGCGAUGUACCGAAGCGAAUUCAGGCUAUGAAGAAGGAGUCGAAUAUCAAUAUACAACUUGUACGAACGACAAGGGUAGAAAUUGGAUUUUCUUUUAUUCAAGGAGCUUCUGGGUUUUUAGUUUCUGCAAAGGAAUGGAUUGAUGGAAAGUUUGAGCAAUCUGUAGCAACGGAUAGUCAAAUACUUAGUGUACAAAAAAGAUCUGCCGUUUUGAGAAAUCUCAUACCCGGGCGAGAAUAUGUCAUACAAGUCCAAGGCACAAACAAAAAUAGACAGCCGAUGGGCGCGGUACAAGAAAAACUUGUCCGAACAGCACAGAUGUGUUAUACAUGCAAUGGAGUAGAGGCCAAUGAAGAAUGUGACGCAGCAAGAGAUGUUGUGGAAUGUCCUGCGGAUAAAGAUGCUUGUCUUAACGUUGUGAGGUUCGAUAACGAUAAAAUGUCGAUUACCAAGAGAUGUGCACAAUAUGAUCCAAAAUUAUCAAAAAGUGUCGGAAAUUGUGGUAAAACAAGAAAGAAUUCCGUUUGUAAAUGCAUGUGUAGAAGUAAUAACUGCAAUCAACUGAUGUUACCCUGUGUUGACGAAUGCAUGGAUGAACUCCCGAAUCCUCUGAGAAGUACUAUAAAAUGUACAAAUAAGAACAAAGUAGGAUCCGAGUGCAAUUGGGCAUGUGAUUUGGGUUUUAAACUGAAAGGAUUGAGGGCAACCAAAUGUAGACCAGAUAGGACUUGGAGUGUUAUGAGUCCACCAGAAUGUGUUAUCGACACAAAUCCACGGCCAAUACAACCUCGUAAAUGUAAACCAGUUCCACGAAAUAUUAAUGCGAAUGUCAGGUGCACCAGGUCGUUCAAUCAAGGGUCGGUUUGUAAAUUCACCUGUAAAACUGGAUUUUCAAAAGCUGGUGGUUCUAACGAGAUGAUAUGCAGGAACAAAAAAUGGACAGGCUCUCCAAUUUUAUGUGCAAAAGAAAGUGGAAUUCUUUGCCCUUCUGUAUCCAUGACUUCCGGUCUCGUGGAAUGCAGCAAUUCCAGAAAUGUUGGCUCGAUAUGCAACAUUGUGACGCCCUCGACAAUGACUUGUCAGGGAGACGGACAUUGGCAAUCAUCCCACACAUGCACACAAGUUGGAUACUAUGAUGUUAAAUCGAUGUUUGGAUCAUGCGAAACUCUCAAGUCUCCAGACUUCGGAUCGAUCAAAUGCUCAAAGGAAAACGAUAAUGGAUCAAUCUGCAAAUAUAUUUGUGCAAAUGGCUACACCAUGCUUGGAGAAACUCCUCAUCGUGAAUGUGUAAAUGGCAAAUGGACUGGAUCUCCUGCCAUAUGUCAAGAAAGAUUAUGUGGCGAUGUUGCAAACCAACCAUUGGUUGAAAGUGUUCUGAAGUGUUCACAUGAUGACAGAAUUGGAUCAGUUUGUGAAGUUCUCACACCAGCAAGCAUGACUUGCCAAUCGGACGGCGUAUGGUCAAUGCCAUUCAAGGCCGCACCAAAAUGCAAAGAGUGCAGCUGCCCAUAGACGAGAAGUAAAGAACGUGUAGAAUGUUGCAUUUUUGACAACAGUGAAUAUUAUGUUAUUGUAAUUUAUAUCGUACCAUAUUGUUAUCAAGUGAAUGUUGUAGUUUAUGUGUUAGUAGUCAUUGUAAUAAAUAAAUAAUUUGAGAAGAAAUGUGUGCACAAUUCAUUGCAAAAUAUUUACUAUUAUUGAUUACUCUCGUUGUAGAAGACGCGAAAACAUCAGUAUUAAUUGUCUUGUCAUUCUCAAGUAUGCCAUUUUUUUCUAAAAUGGUUUAAUUUUGUCUUAUCUAAAAAUGAAAUAUUGAUCUAUUUUGUAAGGUGCCAAAUUAUAUCUACCAUCGAGACUUCUAGAAUAUAGGACGACGUCAUAUAUAACCGACAGCUUUGC